AAUCAAUGGACGAUGACAGAUGACUCACAAUCGCAAAAAUUAUGUAAAACCAUGGCAUUAGGCCUACUUCGACGCAAUCUGUGAACGUUCCUGAUGUGGAACUGGAAUAAAAGAGCUGUAUGAAUCAGCGAGGAAGUACUACAGAAGUUAGAACAGGUCUUCAUAUCAGGAGAACAGGUCUUCAUAUCAGGAGAACAGAAGUUCAAUUUGUAAUGGCUGCAACUUCUACAUACCUGAUCGGAUUCAAUAGAGCAAAUCGAGCAAUCAAGUGAAAAAUAUGACGCAACCAAGAUCAUCCGUGAGUUGGUAGUAAUCACAACUUGACUCAAUCCAUCAUAUAUUGUAUUUGAUGCAUUCAUCAGUGAAGUUGGUAGGGUAUUGGAAGAACAGUACUAGGAGACACAAUGAGCGUUGGCCCUCUUGUGACAGAGAUCUUGUGUGUGUUCGUCCUUGCGGCCUACCUCCUGCACAAAUAUGGAGAUUGGCGUAAGCAGCAUCCCGCCGUUACCUUGGCAACCUUCAUCUCGUGGUAUUUCUCUCUCAUCAUCGUCUUCAUGUUGCCUCUUGAUGUUACAACGACAUUUUAUUUACAGUGUAUGAAAGAUGCGGAAUCACCGCUGGCGACCCACGCAUCACCGCCCCUCGAACAGAUCCCCACAACAGACCUUCAUGCAAAGUUGACUCAGGUUGGCCACACCGAUGGCCUUCCAGGUACCACUCAUCUUUUGCUGAAUGAAUCCGUAAUUAAUGGGACGGGGGGAGAGGGUGCACUUAGGGAUAGAAGGAGCUUGGCGGAAGAACAGUGCAAGAAACCAUGGAGCUAUGUCCCUGAAGACAUACUCCCCAUCAUCUGGAAGAUUGUUUAUUGGACCACCUUUGUGCUGACAUGGCUCAUCAUGCCAUUCAUGAAAUCCUACACACAAGCUGGUGAUUUUACAGUUGCAGGCAAACUGAAAACCAUCAUGGUACAGAACGCCAUCUGGUAUGGCAGUUAUCUCCUCAUAUUUGGUGUUCUUCUCAUCUGCGUGGCGGCCAAACCCGAGCUCCAAUUAAAACAUCUAUUGGCACGGGCUUUAAUUUUUCCUUGUCACCAGGAUAUCCGCAGAGCUUCUGAUGCCGUCCGGUACAACCAUCCCCUCAGAAAAUGUGUGAACACGGUGGUCUCCAAGUGCCCUGACGACUUCCAGGAAUCACUCACCAAGCAUUUAGACGACUUCCAGGAAUACGGUGACCAACGCAUCCAGCCACCAUCGGAGAAGGAGUUGGUACGUCUUCACAGUAAAGUGAUAUUUGCCAUGCAAGCCAAACAUCGGGCAGACACUCAAUGGAAAGUCCUUGUCAGGAAGGCAUUCUUUUUAGAAGAUUUACAACGAAAUGAAAAAGGAAACACAACACAAUUCCAUCACACUUUUGACCCCGAGUUCAACUCCCUGGAGCAGUUUGUCUGCACCCCUACGAUAGAGUGGUACUGGCGAGUUUGGUUCCUGCCGACAGCCCUGAAGGUGAUAUCCGUGGUCUUGGCUCUCUUCUCUCUCAUGGUCAUCUGGUCUGAGAUGACCUUCUUCAGCAUAAGUCCAGUUCUCUCACUCUUUGCCAUCUUUGUCGACAAGGCCAACGAAAACUACAACUUCCUCUGUAUUGAGGUUCUGUGCAUCCUCAUCAUAGCGUAUCUGUGUGUGUGCUCCUACUACACAGUCUUCAAGGUUCGUGUGUUUAAUUUCUACCAUCUUGCAUCCCAUCACCAGACCGAUGAGAGUAGUCUUCUCUUCUGUGGAAUGAUGUUGUGCCGGUUGACUCCUCCUCUUUGUCUGAAUUUCUUGGGUAUGAUCCAUCUUGAUGAUCAUGUGACUGGGCAGGAAGAUCUGGUUGAGACAUCUUAUACUCUGAUCAUGGGGCGUCACAUCGACGUGCUCCCCUUCAUGGCAUCUGGCUUCUACAUCUACUACCCAAUCCUGGUUGCUUUACUCUGCCUAGCUACUUACUUUGACCUUGGCAGCCGGUGUCUGUCUUGCCUUGGCUUCCAGCAGUUUGUGGGUGAUGAUGACAUGACCAAAGAUCUGGUAGAUGAGGGGAGGGAGCUAAUGAAAAGAGAGAAAAGAAAGAGGGAGCGAGCUGCCCACAGCGAGGAGAGGAAGAAAACCUUUUCAAAGUUCAAUUUACAAGACAACGCCGAAGCAAACCGCAAUAGCCGCCGCUUCAAUAACCGAGGGGGAUCAGGGACGGACAGUGACACGGGACACAGCAAUUACAGCUCGUCAUCGACAAAAGCUAAAUUCACAAGACACAAAAACCGAGCUGAAGACAAAGUUGAGAUCAUGAGGGAUGAAGAACCAGUGGAUUAUAACGAGGAAAAUGCCUCCCAGUUUGUGGAUCAGCUCGAUGAGUAUUCCAGAGGUAAGGCAAGCAAUGGCAGAGUAGGACCCCCUAGGCGUGGACCAAACUUCAGCUCUAAUACGAAACCUAAGAAUAUAUUUGAUGACGUUUAAAAUAUUGUCCAGGUAUAAUCCAGCCCUCUGUUAAUACAAGUAGGCUAUUAUACUAGAUUGAGUAGCCAUUCUAUGGAUAAUUUUUUUCCAAUAUUGAAAUCAAAGAGAAAAAAAGCUGUAAUACCCUUUUGCUAAUUGUAGGUAUCAUUGCCAGAAAAAUAUUGUUAUUUUUCUUCUGCCUGUAAGAAAAUAAGAUGAGUAUUAUGUUACCCUUUAAUAGGUAGUGCCGUUAGAUAAUCACUUGACUAUGAUAGAACGAGCAACUUUUUAUGCGCAUAGAUUGUUAUUAGCCUAAACAGGGUAAACUUUGUUAUUGACUUAAGGAUAAGAUUAAAAAAGAAAGAAUGUCUUGUUUUAGUUCUGCUUUGCAAACCCUUCACUCGAGGUAAGGGGUCUGAAUAUAAAGCCUACAGUAUCUUGUGUACCCAAUGCCCUUUCACCCCGGCAGGUUUUAUAAUGCUAGUCUUUGUGUGAAGACCCACUUGUUGAUAAAUGUUUCAAUCAAGGUCUCUGCUUCCAGACUAGCUAUCACCAUGCCAUUGUUACAUUCAUCUGUUCUAUCCGGUAUCGUGUCAUAAGUAUUCUUGUCCAUUAAUUUGAAUAUGAUUGUUGAUCCUAAAUAGGUCUGAAUUGGAUUUCAUUUGUGCCACUUGACUUGUAUCACAGUAUAUUUUUUUUAAAGAUUAUCCAAAAACAUCUCUAUGAACUGCCAAAUACUCUAAUCAGAAAGAGACUAGGCUUUCUUUAAAAGGAUUUCAAGAGUGGUCAGGGGAUGAUGACUCUUUUCUAAUGAUGAGGGCCUUGUUUCACAAAACUUUUCAUGAUAACAAAUUCAUUCAGUAUCAAUGUCAACCAUGAGAGUUUCUAUGGUUGACUGUUUUGUAUAAAUUUUUAGUAAUCCCAUUUUCAAAUGUCCACAACUUUCUAUUCCCUGUCUUAUUUCGUUCAAACUUUCACCAUCCUACUAUGAUAUUGUUUUGCUUUCAUACAAUCAGUUUCCUGCUGAUGAUGGUUUUCCCUUUUGAAAAUGGUUGCGGAAAUACCACAAACAUAUUGUAGAUUCAUAGAAAUCUGUAGUACAUGAUAGGUAUGGAUUCUUGCUACUUGUCACAUGACAAUCUUGGCUUUCGUGCAAUUACCUGCAAACUGUCAAGUUGUGAAUGUAAAAGGAGACUUUUCUAACUAUGCUUGCUUGUCAUGGUCAUUUGUUUUCUUUGAAGUAUAAAGUCUUGUUCAUAUAUGACAUGAGGAAUCCCCCCUUGUUGAUUCAAAUGGGGAAAAACCCCUCUUCAUUCAAAGGUCAUACUUCUUAAUUUCAUUCCUUGAAAAAUAUACUUUUGUUUGAAAAAGGCUAAUCCUGCUUCUUUGUUAGUUCUACAUGUAACUUGCAUCCCUAUUUAGUGUCAAAUAGUGAACAUUCAAUUCAAUUGGAAAAAACCCUUUUUCAGUCAAAAGAAAUACUUCUUAAUUUCAUUCCUUGAAAAACAGACUUUUGUUAAGAAAAUGCUCAUCCUGUUUUGUUAGUUCUAACUUCUACAUGUAACUUGCAUCCCUUUUUAGUGAAAAUGCAAUUCAACUGGGAACACCCCUCUUUUCAGUCAAAAGUAUGUGUAAUAUUCUUAAUUUCAUUCCUUGAAAAACAAACUUUUCUAAAGAAAAUGUUUAUUCUGCUUUUUCUACAUGUAACUUGCAUCCCUGUUUAGUGAACAUGUAAUUCAAUUGGAAACACCCCCCUUUUAUUAAAGUCAAAAGCAAUACUUCUUAAUUUCAUUCCUUGAAUAAGAAAAUACUCAUCCUGCUUUUUUAAUUUAUUUUUAGUUCUACAUGUAACUUGAUACAUCCUUGUUGAGUGAACAUGCAUAAAUGUGCAUCUGUAUUAAUGAACAUGCAUUAUUCAAUAUAUUACCUUGAACUAA